AUGUCAAGCAGAAGAUCACGUUCUUCAAGGCAAUCAUCUUCCAUCUCCGACGAACAGAUCCAUGACCUAGUCUCCAAAUUGCAGGAACUUCUUCCCGAGCUUCGUCAACAACGAAGAUCCAAUAAAGUUUCGGCUUCGAAGGUACUUCAAGAAACUUGCAAUUAUAUAAAAAAUUUGCACAGGGAAGUUGAUGAUCUUAGUGAGCGGUUAUCGGAGUUACUUGCGAACGCCGACGGACCUCAGGCGGCGAUGAUUAGGAGCUUGCUCAUGCAAUGAUAAAAAGAAGAAAUUAAAAAAAAAUGAUGAUCUUUUGAGUUUAAUUUAUAUAUCUUAAUUAUUAAUUAAUGGUUUUCUCUUGCUAAUAAUAGCUAGUAGCUAGCAAAAUAUA